AUCGAUAUCUGCGUAUGAUGUAUCGUAUCUUUCAUUUGUCAUGGUUGAGUGUAUAUUGAAUAUUGUUACUUAUAAAAGUAGAUCUUAAAAUCACCUUAAUCCCUUUUAGACAUUUAAACUCGCUUUAAUUGUGAAUUAAAACGUAGGGAAAAGUUUAUUACACAUCGGGGUUUUUUGAGUUUUAUUGACAAUUCUUUUUGAAAAAAUAAAAUGCCUUCAUUUAUCUCUAUUUGUAAGAUAUUACUAUUUCUUGUUAUAUUAAUGAGUGCAUUCCAACAUGUCGUGAUAGCUAGUACUAGCGGGUCCAAAAAACUACAGAUCGGCGUAAAGAAAAGACCAACUGAAUGCCCAAUUAAAAGCAAGAAGGGGGAUAUACUGCAUAUGCAUUAUACUGGCACUUUGGAAAAUGGUACCGAAUUUGACAGUUCUAUACCAAGAAACCAUCCACUUACUUUUACACUUGGCUCAGGUCAGGUCAUAAAGGGUUGGGAUCAAGGAUUAAUUGGUAUGUGUGAAGGGGAACAAAGGAAGCUGGUUAUACCACCAGAGUUAGCUUAUGGUGAGGCAGGAGCACCACCGAGGAUCCCAAAGUCUGCAACACUUACAUUCCAUGUUGAUCUUGUCAAAAUUGAAAGGAAAGAUGAACUUUAAUUAACACUAUAAUCAGUUUAUAAUAAACAUUUUAACUAUACAAA